CUAGUCUCUUGCACCAUUAACCUCUUCCCUGCUUUGAAGAUAUGCAGGUUAAAGAUAGCAAUUCUGGGGGAGGGAACCAGCUCUGUGUGGGCUUUAUGACAUCAACUGCUAAGUGAUUGUUUUUUUCCUCCUAGCCUAAAACGGACUGGUGUGCAGCAGAGCUGGCUGGUGUAAAGUCUGACAGGCUUUCUUGUCUAUUCCUCAGCACAUUGCCUGUAUUCCCCCCUCUCUCACAUCAAUAUUUAAUCCUCUUCUAAGAGCAAUGAGAUAAUGCAAUGUGCAGAGGCUGGGAAGGUGCAGUGAGAGAGAGCGGUGCUGCUGUAUGCCACUACAACUGCUGCUGCUGCUGACUGGACUCGGAAAGCCAGGAUCCUUGGGCUAAGCCCUAGUGCAUGCAGCUCUACAGGCUCUCUCCUUAAAGCAUGUCCUCCCCGGACCCCACCACCUCCUUCCUGGAAAGGGCAGCUGGGGAGGAGGAUACAGGAGGAUGAGGAAAGAGAGCCGGCCGGAGCACAGGAGGAGGAAGAGGAGAAGGAGAGGAGGGGGUGCUGAAAGAGGAGAGGUCAGCGCGGAGGAUGAAGUGGGGUGUCCGGGGAGCCUGCGCUGCGCUCUCCAGCUGCUUUCUACUUGCCUGCGCCCUAAGUGCGGCCGCCGUGGGCCUCAAGUGCUUCUCUCUGGGCUCUGAGCUGAAGGGUGAGCCAUUUCGUUUGGGUACGGCUGCCGGCGCCUUCUACUCUGGUUUGCUGCUAUCAGUGGGUCUCUCCCUCUUGGGAUCUGCCCUGAUCUGCUGCCGCGAUGAUGCGGCAGGGGAGAGUAAGCCCAGCAGUCAGAACUUCCUCCUCCUUGGAGUAUUGGUGUUCAUGUUGGGUGUGUUGAGCGCCUUUGCUGGGGCAGUGAUAGAUGGGGACACUGUUUCACUCGUGGAAAGGAAGUAUUCACACUUUUGCCUGCAACAAACAACACCUGGCGCAGGUAGCAGUUCAACAAAGUGUCAGAAGCUCAAGGAUUACCAGCGGGGUUUGGUCAUAUCUACCAUUUUUAACUCCCUGGAAUGUCUACUGGGUCUUAUCAACCUGUUGCUGGUCAAAAACUACAAAUCCUCCCAGCAGCGGCGGAGGAGAAGAAGGAGAUAUGGGGGAAGGCGCUACCAGCGACAAAAUAGGGGUUCCAUCUUCUCAAAUGAGGAGCAUGAUUUCUCUCCUGGUGACUUCCCCUUCCAAAGUGUGUCCUACAUUAACGUUGGGGUAUUUCACCUCUUUGAUGAAGCAGGAGUGGAAGUGCACUGUGGGGGUCACCCGUCUCUGGAGCUACCUGGUUACUCACCCAUGGAUCCUGAUUUAAGUUCUUCAUACCCUUAUUGUUACCCUCUUCCUAAUGAGCAGCCUCCUCCAUAUGAUGAAAUAUACCCUGCUACUGAGCUGUGCAGCAGCACCACCACCACCACCACAUAACAUCACCCAGACUUCUGUACAGAGACCAUACUGCUUCAUGAUCUGCACUGACAAUCACUGAUGCCUGCAAAUAGGACAGGGAGAUAUUACAAGGACUACCACAAUAUAUCUAAAUGGUUUUGUACAGACAAUGUUCAUAACCAAUGUAUGGUAAGGGGUGAAAGCUAAACCAUGUUGACUGGUGUGUUUGUAUGUGUGUGAGUGUGUGUAUUUGCUGGUCUCAAGGGAUGCACUGUAUUCGCCUGACUCCAACCAAAAUAAUUUAUUUUAUAUGUAUGGAGUUAGUGGCAAAUGGUAUAGAUCAAUCAGUUUUUCCUCCUCUUCACAUUUAUUUUGUCAUACCAGUGUACAUCUCAAUUUUGGUAUUCGUCACUAUUGCCAUGGUUACAAUGUCUAGCUACAAAAUUAUUAUGUCAGUAUAAAUAGGCUUUUUAUUUCAUGUCUGAUGAGAUUACUCAUCUUUAUCGAAUCUCAAGAUUUUAUCAGUAAAUGCUUCUGGUAAUGUCAAUUCUUCCACAAUUUAUGCCCGAAUUAAUGAAUCAUCAAAUAGUGUAUUUUGUUUCAAGCUCAAAAAUGAAAAAGCAAAUGUUUCAAGUAUGAUUGAUGGGCAAAGAAAGAAAAGAAAAUAUGCAAAGAGCUUCUCUGGCCCUAAACAGGGCCCAGAGCUAGUAAUGGUCCUGCUGCACGGAGGUACCAGGGCCCCAAGGCUGGAUGGGAUAAAGGUUCUGCAAUUUGUGCUGAUGCCUCUAUUUCAUGUCUUUGCAGCACAAACAGAGUUAAUAAAGGUCCGUGUCUUUGUUGGCUUGGCAUCUGAUCACAUGCUAUGUGGGUUGAACAAUCAGACAUGUUGUUACAAAGAAGGGUGUUUGUUCUUCUCAGAAUUAAUGCUGGAACCUAGGACCCAAAACACUUGUAGGAGUCACAGGUGUAAGGAUGGAACUGUUUUCAAGCACUUCAGCACAGAUAUUAAUGAAACAGCCCCUCUGUCAGUUAACAGUUCCUCAGAGUAGUCUCACAUCACAUCAUACAAAGUGUAUAAACGUAGCAUGCAGCACAGAGAUUUAGAUGACACUUUCACAAACAAGUCUAGAGAAAUGCAGAUUGCAUGAUGGGCAGCUAUCCAAAGUUCAGCAUCUACUUAGAUCAAGCAUUCUGCAUGGAUAGUUUAAGAGUGAAGGCGCACAGACACAAGAAAACUAUUUGUGAUACCAUCAUCUGGUUAUCAUUUGUAUUUAAAUAUAUGCAGCUACUAGGUUUCUUCCAGAUUUUCAUCUUCAAUGGCUUUUCAUAAGAGCUUAAACAUACUUAUUUUUUAUUCCUGCAAUCAGAAUAAAUGAAUGGAUGAGAAAUAUGUGCUUCUUAGUAAUUUAGGCUGCAUGUCUUUCAUCCUAAAUAAUAAUAUUAAUUAUUGUGAAGAUUCACUGCAAAAAAAAAA